AUGUUUUCUAGUCUUCGAAAAAAAGAUAGAAAUGAAGGUAAGGAAUUAAAUAUAACUGUUCAGAAGCCGCAGAAUAGAUUAGAGAGGCUUAAAAGAAUUUCGACAACAACGGAUAGCAAUAGUAGCAACAAUUUAGAUCGCAGUGUAUAUAGUGGAAAGGCAGAUACUUUAAAUGGAAGUACAAGUGAUAAUACAUUAUCGAUUGUUUCAGGUAAUUUUUUGGUAGGCAGUCACAAUAAAACUCUAACUACAUCGAACACUGACAACCUUUCAAAACAAAACACAAGCGGCUUCCCAAUUGAUAAUGGAACCAACUUCGGAUCUUCUGAGGUCCAAGGAUCAGCCACAUUAAAAAAUCAAAAGUAUCAGUUAGAGUUAACAUAUCAUGAUCUAACACGGUAUCCCAAUAUUCCAAUUAUGGUAGAUCUUUCACUACUCCCGGGAGUAAAAGAAGGUGAGCUGUGUGAAUUGAUGAAUUAUGACAAGCAUGAAAAAAUAUCUUCUAUAGGUGAUAGAACAGAAAAUAAUAAGCACAAUACAAUAUUUAAAAAAUCUAGAAGAAGAGUUAAAAUAUACUUUAUAGCAAAAAAUUUAAUAACCAAUGCAAACAGACUACAGCAUAAAUCUCAACAACUCUCAAUUGCAUCAGGACAACUACAAGCAUUAUUAGAACUCCCAUCAAGAUCGAAAGUAUGGGUUAAAAAAAGAUCAAAAGAAGAAUGUGAAAUCGAUCUUUUAGAAUUGAAUGUAAAGGAUCUUUUACUGAAUAGAGGUGAUAUGUGGUGUAUAUCAAAACAAUUAUUAGCGUCUUGCGUGUUUUCAGAACAAAAGCUAUUUCUUACAGAUUCGUUGAGACUUGUGGUCAAUGGUAUAUAUAGAGAUGGGAGAAAAAUUUUAUCAGGGUAUAUUGGGGAAAGCACUAGAAUUGUUUUUAGAUCAGAAUCUGCUCGAUUAAUAUUUAUCAUUCAAAUUACAGAAGAAAUGUGGAAUUUUGAAGAAUCUGGUGAACAAUUAUUUCAGAAGCUAAUAAAUUCGUUAUUUCCAAAGAUUUUUAAAAAAUGGAAAGAACGUGAUACUCAUCAUAGCAUAACUAUAGCAUUCGCAAUUUCAAUGGAUAUGUCUACAAAUUCAUAUAAUGAUUUGAAACCAGGAGAGAAAUUGAAAACGACUAGUGAUUACUAUAGAAUUGUCGUUGAUCAAGUUAACAUUAUUGAUUGGGUUCAGACUAUGGAAGUAUUAAGAAGAGAAUUCAUGAAAGUGACGGAGGAAUUAAAAAAUGUAACUGUAAAACAAGAGAACGGUACAUUUACUGUGAUAAAAGGGAGAUUCACCCCUGUUAUAAAAUCAAAUUUUUUGGAGUUAGUCAACUUUGCAGCCACAAUUUUAACAGACCCAUUUAAACAACUUGAUUUGAAACAUACAACUACACAUGUAAUCUUAAUAUCUCCAAGUUCCGGUAUUUAUGAUGUUGAUUAUGAUUUAUUAAAGUUAACUGGGAAAAAAUUGAUGAAUUUAGAAAUGACAAUGGACUUGAUUUGUCUAGCUAGAUCCCCAUUACAUAUUGUUCCACUAUUCAGGUAUAUUGAUUAUGACAAUAACUUGCACCAUUGCACCCCAUCUUGGCUGAGUAUAUUUUUUUGGAAUGACGGUCAUAAGUCGUCGCUAGAUGACUGGCAACCAAGAUGCAAUUUGUAUAAAUUAAGAAUCAUGGGCCUUACUGAAAAUGAAAUGAUGGAAGAAGUAGAUAUUGCGUAUCUGUCAAUGAACAACCCAAGAGAAGUAUCAAUUCAUCAACUAAUUACUCAUCACGAUCGAAAUGUAUUUCACUCAACAGUAACCGACAAAGAUCAGAAUACCAGCAACUCAUAUCCAGAUGUCAAUAAUGAACCAAAUGCAAACAUAAUAUCUACUAAAUUUGGUAAUAAUGUUGUAGAAUCAUCCAAUAAACUAGUUUGGAAUACAUCUAAACUAUCAAAACCAAAAACAGAAAAAAUUGCCGAACAUAAUGUCAUGGCAGAUUUAUAUAUUCAAAAUAGUGAGGACUUAAUAGAGGAUGUACCUGAUAUUGUUCCAAAACACGAAAAUGCAAUCUAUAGUACAUUUUCUAAUAUUUCUAUGAACAAGGUAGAUGAUUCUUAUGCCAUUGACUCUCUAAAACACAUCAGUAAAACCGAUAGUAUAAAAGAGAUAUUUGGAAAGCAAGUUUUUAAGAGGCUUUUGACAUCAGUAAAAAGCAAAGAUAAAAUUGCUAUUACACAGAGUAAAUCCCAGAUUGAUCAAAAUAAAAACGUGGGCAAUUUAGCUAAAAAACCUUUACAAGCAGUUAAUAAUGUUCCUUCGAGUUCACAAGGACAUGAAAAUUCACCCAUUAUAAAGAAGCACUUAGGACUAGCAAUAAUGAAUACUGACCAGAAUAAUUCACACAAUGAUCUGUCAUCUUGUCAAAAAUCCUCAAACACAGAUGCAUCAUCCAAUAUUACUAUUCAAAAUAGAUUAACUCCGUUUCAUGAUAGCAGUACGAGGCUUACUAUUAAUCAUGGACCAAAAGCAAAAUUAUUUGAUAAGUAUAAUACUAAUUCUUCGUGGAAUGAAAUUGAAAAUCCGUCUGUUCCUGUUAGUAAUGAAGUUGCUGGUUUACUGUUGUCAAAAAAAUGGAGAGAUGUGUUGCCCAGAUUCGUGGCCAAGAAAUAUAGUAAGUGGAGAUCAUUCACCAUACCAGCAGAACUUCCCCUGACAAUCACAACAUUUGUUAAUUCUCAAGAGUUUAAAGAACAGUAUGAAUUCAGAAAUCAUUCCGUUACGAUGAACAUUGAUCAAGAAUUAUAUAAUCAAACUUCGAAAGACUUGCUUUUGCAUAUGGUUUAUAUGAGAUUGGUAGCAGGAUUCCAAAUCUGUUUGGGUGAUCAAGUAGAGGAUAUAGAAUACUCACUAACCAACGAUAAAAAGUCAAAAUCUGUUAAUAAGUAUAUUUCUGAUGAUGAUUGGACGAGCACAAAAUUUUAUAUGAUGCUCGAUACAGAAAUUCACAGAAUAACAUGUGGGCUUGAUGGUGUUAUUGACGUACAAAGAUAUUUAAAGCGAGAGCAGAAUCCCUUGGAUCAAGUCUCUAGUUACAUGCCUUUGGUUAAGACUAGAUAUGAAGAAGAAUAUAGAACUAUUAAAAGAGACCCAUUACAUGCAACAAGGAAAUCAUUAAAUUGGAAUCAAAUUGAUCAAGCACUCGCUUGUUACGGUGAUUAUCGGGAGGAUGGGAAGUAUGCAGGUUUUAAAGCCAAGUUCGUGGUCCUACCAGUUGAAAUUCCAUUGCACACGUUGUCUACAGUAGUUAAUGGUAGAAAUGAGAUGUUGUCAUCUGAAGAACUAAGGUUAGAGGGGUUGCGUCGUUUAACUGCAUUUAUUGCUAAAUCAAAAAUAAAGAGCUCUGACGAAAAAGUUAAGACAGUUAAAAAUGAUGAACAACCGCCAGAUAUUCAUUUCUAUACUGGUUCCCUUAUAAAUUUUAUUAAUGAAGAAAUCAAGUCAUCCGAAUUUUCAGCUUCAAAAGACUUGAUUAUUUCAACUCCUAAAACUUUACUAAAUAAGAGCAUCGAUUUCAAAACGUUAACUAUCGAAUUACAGAGUAGUGAAGACAAAUUGACAUUAGUUACUAGGAAAUGGCACUGGAGCAAAUUCAAAAAUUGUUUUGUUGGUUCUGAAAUGGUUAAUUGGUUGAUUAGAAAUUUUAGUGAUAUAGAGACAAGAGAAGAUGCCAUAGCAUAUGGUCAAUAUUUGAUGGACAAAAAUGUGUUUCUCCAUGUUUUAAAUAAACAUGGGUUUUUAGAUGGUUAUUACUUCUACCAGCUUACUUCUGAAUAUGCUUUGAAAAAUAAAGACCCGGAAAUUUUAGCACCUGGAUUGAAAGUUAAAGAGAACUAUAAUGAAGGAAAAUACCGUAAUAGAACAGAAUCAAGUAUGACCCCAAGUGCUAAUAAGAGUAACUCCUCAAUUGUUAAAGGUAGUGACGAAAUAUUGGAAGACGUAAAGCCUACGAUAGUACUAAGUAAUUCUCUCACGAUUGAUCUAGAUCCUGAUUGUAAAUCAUAUAAAAAAGAAACUUGUGUAGUCCAUUAUGAUAAAGUUCAUAACCCAGAUCACUGUUUUCAUAUUAGACUAGAAUGGUUGUCUGCUACUCCUAAGCUGAUUGAUGAUAAAAUUAAGAAUUGGUCACGGUUAUGUGAAAAAUAUGGAUUACUAUUAAUUGAAGUUCCAUGGGAAGAAUUGUGUUCUAUUCCAGCCAGUAAUCCUUUUCAUACUUUUAUAGAAGUCAAACUCGCAAUAAAUCCUUUCGAGGAAGCUGACCUUAACAUUAAAAAUAUGUUAACUAAAAAUAAGUUUUACUAUCAUAUUUAUUUGUUAAAGAAAUCAGACUUUUUGUUAGACAAUAGAGCAUUUCAUUUUUUAAAUGAUGAAAAUAGUUCUUUUGUUAUUAAAUAUUCUUGGGGAGCUCCAACUUUUAAGAACGCACAAUAUAUUCAUAAAUCUGGUGCGUAUAUUGCAGAAAUUAAGGACAAUGGAGAUUUAUUUUUGGCUCCAAAUAAUAUUUACAUGAACAGAACUAAGCAAGGGAAUAUUAUAGGAAAAAAUAAAAAACACAUUAGAAUGCAAUUUAAUGCACAAGGUGUUAUGCUAGAAUUCAAAAACAUGUGUUCUGAUCCAGUUAAGUUAAGGUCAAUAUUUGAAGAGGCCAAACAAAUUUAUUUAGACAAUGAGGAUGAGCAAAUUGAACAAAAAUAUUAA